CACUUUGUUGUUUUAUGGCUGUCACUCUGCACUUUUUCCUCCAGAAGUCACGCACUGGAUGUCGUGAUAGUUGAAAAAGAUGGUAACAGUGAAAGUUAGUUAACGUGCGAAGAAGAGAGCGGAGCAGGCUCGUGUCGGAGUUAACCAGUUAAGAUAGCUUUAGCUUUAGCUAGCCUCUCGUUUGCACAUUCGUGUGAAAUUAUCUAAUUUUAUCGCCAUUGUCUGAUCCAAUUUCCGGAUUUGCACAAUUAUCCGCUGGGUUACUCUUUGGAAAUAGUUUAUUUUGGUAACCUGGUGUUUUCAUAAACAAUGGAUCAGAAAAUCCCAUAUGAUGACUACCAGCUCCCAGUGGUAUUCCUGCCUUCAUAUGAGAACCCACCAGCGUGGAUAGCCCCGCAGGAGCGGGUUCAUCACCCCGACUACAACAAUGAGCUCACCCAGUUCCUGCCUCGUACCGUUGUACUGAAGAAACCUCCAGGAGCUCAGCUGGGCUUCAACAUCCGUGGGGGCAAGGCAUCACAGUUGGGAAUCUACAUAUCCAAGGUGGUUCCAGACUCAGAUGCCCACCGAGCAGGUCUGCAGGAGGGAGACCAGGUUCUUUCUGUGAAUGAGGUGGAUUUCCAAGACAUAGAGCACUCUAGAGCUGUAGACAUUUUAAAGACUGCGCGAGAGAUACUGAUGAGGGUUCGCUUCUUUCCCUACAACUACCAGAGGCAGAAGGAGAGGACUGUACAUUAGGUGGCAGCAGAGAGAGAGAGAGAGAGAGGGGGAGGGGGAGUAGGACAGCUGCGUCACUGCUCGUCAUCCCACUCCUACAGACUCUGGCCUCCAUUCUGUUCCAGCCCCAAGAUGACUGAUGUCUGACUAACGGCCUCCUUCGUAGUCCUCCAUGUACGGACAAUAUCUACUACCUGAGCACUCCCUAAUCUACUGGGAUACAUAAUGAUUUCUACUCUAUCACGAUCUAUUCACAGGAAGUGAAGGAAGAUACGGUAUUAGCAGACACUAAAUAGACAUUUCACAUCAUAAAUUAUGGAACUGUUACAUAUUUUUCUAGUCAAGCAUAACAUUUAUAGACCCCGCAUUUGCUUUUCUUCAAGCCCUGUAACUAAUGUUUCUACAGUAGUCUGAGACAUAUAUUUUGAUCUGGUACAGGUAGCACUUGUGUGUACUGUACACAUCUGCCUUCAUGACAAAGAUAUGAAGUAGUCACAUGCUUAGUUGCUUAUUUAUUAGGUACACCAACCUAACACUAAUGCAUCAGACUGGAUACAAAUCCUAGUCAUGUUUCAUGUUAAGUUUUUGUUUAAACUCAAGAUCCACUUAGUAGCUUUUCCUGCAGCUUUUUAAGCAUAUCAUGGUUCUGUUUUUUUGUGUGUCUUAUAUUGACAAACUGGUAACUGAGUGUGUAGAUGUAAAAUGUGCAUAUUUCAGUAUGCACUGACACACAUGCGACAGAUAGCGGGGCCUGACAUUUUAAGAGCAAAUGAUGGUGCAAAACUUCUGGUAAAUAUCACUGAUCUUAAUAUCACUGUGAAUAUGUACUGUACGCCCAGUUUUUACAUAUUUAACAACAGUUUGUAAUUGUUUAAUGCAUAUUAAGUUGUGUAUAGUUCAGUGACUGUUAUUGUUACUUAAAUACUGUUGAAUGUUUGCUAAUGUUUUAUUUGACAUAACCUGAUUCUGGGAUGAAUAUUUUAAUAAUGUAAUGUAUCAACUGUGUAUAUGAGGUGCCAAACUGUUGACAAGCAUAACUUCUAACAUGAUAUUACAGUGCACCCUGCCUCUGUGUCAUAGUAAACCUGUAAUCAGGAGACUGAGGUUAGCAGCAUUUAAGUCUUACUGAAGACUGUCGGGUACUUCUGUCAUUUUCAGAUGGACAUGAGCUCUGGAAGUAGAAUUAAUUAACAUAAGAUUAUAGCAAAAACAUUUGAAUAGAUCUGGAUGUUGAUGCAGUGUGCUAGCAACAGGUUUACUUUUUGUUUUAUGUCAACACUGUCUUCAUUCUUUUGGAAACUACUACUUUCAUAGAAUAAAUUACUUUCUGAUCUGAA